AUGGCGAAGCGCCCGCGCCACGCCGGCAACGGCGCAGGCCGCUCCCAGCUGUCGUCCUUAGAGUGGGAACUCCACCGCCGCAUACUCAACGGCGGCCUAGCCCGCCGCGGCGCCUCCGCCGAGGACGUCGCCAACACCCUCCGCAUCCACCACCCGAAGCUCGGCCGCCAUAAGCACGGCCCCUUCGUCGCCUGCGUCCGCCGCGCUCUCGCCUCCAUCCCCAUCCCCUCCCCCUCCUCCCCUUCCUCCUCUGACUCCUCCUCCGACGACGGCUCCUCCGCCUCCCGCCGCCGCCACGACGCCCACGCCACCACCUCCUCCUCCACCUCCGUCUCCGACGCCGCCGCCCACCCGUCGCCACCAGCCCCCACCUUCGACCUCACCAACUCCAUUAUCCGCUCCAACUACGCCGCGCAGACGGCCAAGCGGAACCAGCAGCUGGAGAUCGAGGUCACCGCAGAGAAGCCGCGCCGCCUCAUCACGGCCGACGGCGGUGGCGGCGGCGACGCCAAGCCGGAGGCCGCCCUGGCUGCUGCUGAAGGGUUCGGCAGAGGGGACAAGGGGCCGAGGUUCGCUGACCUCGGCGGGAUGGAGGCGGUGAUCGAGGAGCUCAUGAUGGAGGUGGUCGUGCCUCUGUGCCAUCCUGAGCUGCCGCACCGACUUGGCGUCAGGCCUGUCGCCGGGCUGCUGCUGCACGGACCGCCUGGUUGCGGAAAGACCACCCUUGCCCAUGCCAUUGCCAACGAGACUGGCUUGCCGUUCUAUAAGAUCUCCGCACCGGAAGUCGUAUCUGGGGUGUCUGGAGCUUCUGAAGAAAACAUCAGGGGCUUGUUUCAGAAGGCCUAUCGGACUGCUCCCUCGAUUGUAUUUAUUGAUGAGAUAGAUGCAAUUGCAUCCAAGAGGGAGAAUCUGCAACGAGAGAUGGAACGGCGUAUAGUUACUCAAUUAAUGACGUGCAUGGAUCAAUUCCACCAGAAUAUUGGAUCGGGCAGUGGCAAUUUGGAUGCUGAGUCAUCUGAAAAGAAACCUGGUUAUGUUAUUGUCAUUGGAGCCACAAAUAGGCCUGAUGCUGUGGAUCAAGCUCUCACGAAGGCCAGGAAGAUAGCUAGGGCGACACCAGGUUUUGUUGGUGCUGACUUGAAGGCAUUAGUGGAUAAAGCAGGGAAUCUAGCAAUGAAGAGAAUAAUUGAUGAAAGAAGAGUUCAAUAUCGCCGUGAGCAUGAUGGGAAUAGCAAGCAUGACUGGUGGAGACAACCCUGGGAUGAAAGUGAGGAAGCAACAAAAAUGGUUCAGCCAUCUUUGAGAAGAGAAGGGUUUUCUUCUGUCCCUGAUGUUACAUGGGAUGAUGUUGGAGGUCUUGAUUCAUUAAGAAAAGAGUUUGACCGCUGUAUUAUUCGUUGUAUCAAGCACCCUGAAGACUAUGAGGUGUUUGGAGUGAAUAUGCAAGCUGGCUUCCUGUUGUUUGGACCUCCUGGUUGUGGAAAAACACUAAUAGCAAAAGCAGUGGCACAUGAGGCAGGGGCUAAUUUUAUUCACAUCAAGGGGCCUGAGCUAUUGAACAAGUAUGUUGGGGAGAGUGAAUCGGAAGUUAGGAAAAUAUUCACUCGUGCACGGACUAACUCCCCAUGCAUCCUAUUUUUCGAUGAGGUUGAUGCUUUGACAACAAAGAGAGGGAAAGAGGGAGGAUGGGUUGUUGAACGUCUCUUAAAUCAGUUGCUUAUCGAACUUGAUGGUGCUGAUCAAAGACAAGGUGUCUAUGUGAUAGGAGCUACAAACAGGAUUGAUGUGAUAGAUGAUGCUGUUUUACGGCCUGGUAGAUUUGGAAAGAAACAUUAUGUACCUUUACCUGGUGCCGACGAGCGGGUUUCAAUAUUAAAAGCACAUGCUCGUAGCAAGCCUGUCUCGGCUGAUGUUGAUUUGGAUGCACUUGCACGUCGUGCUGAAUGCAACAAUCUCACUGGUGCUGACCUAGCAUCACUGGUCAAUGAAGCAGCCAUGGCAGCAUUGGAAGAGAGAUUGGAAUUCCUUGAGAACGGGACAUCCUCAAUGAGUUCGUCUUGUUUGAUUGAGAUCUCGCACUUUGAACGCGCUCUAUCGAAGAUUAAGCCAUCAGUAUCUGAACAGCAAAUCAAACAUUACGAGGCGUUGUCAAAGAGAUACUCGUCAAACUGA